GGGCGCGGGGGCGCGCGUGCGCGGUGCCGCGGCGGCGGAGGGAGCCGCGAUGGAGGGCGCUCUGACGGGCCGCCAGGUGAUAAAUGAAGGGGAGUCAAGCCUUGCCACUGAGUUACAGGAAGAAGUAGAGGAAAAUCCUAGUCCAACUGUGGAUGAAAAUAAUAUAGUGUCAGCUAAAAAACAGGGACCAAAUUUACACAAUUGGAGUGGUGACUGGAGCUUUUGGACUUCAGGUUCCACCUAUAAAGACAGGAAUGAGGAAUACAAAAGACAGUUCACACAUCUACCUGAUACAGAGAAGCUGAUAGCAGAUUAUGCUUGUGCUCUUCAGAGGGACAUUUUGCUUCAGGGGCGACUAUACCUUUCGGAAAACUGGCUAUGUUUCUAUAGCAACAUCUUCAGAUGGGAAACGACAAUUUCUAUUGCUUUAAAGAAUAUAACCUUCAUGACCAAGGAGAAAACUGCUCGACUCAUUCCAAAUGCUAUCCAGAUCGUUACAGAGGGUGAAAAGUUUUUCUUUACAUCUUUUGGUGCCAGGGAUAGAAGUUACCUCAGUAUCUUUAGGUUGUGGCAGAAUGUAUUAUUAGAUAAGAGCCUGACUAGGCAGGAAUUCUGGCAGCUGCUCCAGCAGAACUAUGGCUCUGAGCUAGGCUUAAAUGCCGAAGAGAUGGAAAAUUUGUCACUGUCGAUUGAGGAUAAUGUGCAGCCAAGAAGUCCAGGACGAAGCAGCUUGGAUAACUCUGGGGAGAGAGAUGAAAAAUUAUCCAAGUCAAUCAGUUUUUCCCGUGAAUCAAUUAGUCGGGUUUCAGAGACAGAGUCACUUGAUGGGAAUUCAGCAAAAGGAGGGUUAGGGAAAGAGGAGCCCCAAAGUGAGAAACAGAUCAAAAAGAGUCCUUUACUAACUUCAGAAAAGAGGUUAAGUAGAGUGCCAUCAAAAUCACUGGACUUGAAUAAAAACGAAUAUCUUUCUCUGGACAAAAGCAGCACUUCAGAUUCUUUUGAUGAAGAAAAUAUUCAUGAGAAAGAUCUUCAUGGAAGACUUUAUAUUAACCGCAUUUUUCACAUCAGUGCUGAGAGAAUGUUUGAGUUGCUGUUCACCAGUUCACACUUUAUGCGGAAAUUUGCCAAUUCUAGAAAUAUAAUAGAUGUAGUAUCUACCCCUUGGACUGCAGAACCUGGAGGUGACCAACUGAGAACCAUGACCUACACCAUCGUCCUUAAUAAUCCACUGACUGGAAAAUGCACCACUGCCACUGAAAAGCAGACACUGUAUAAAGAAAGUCGGGAAGCACGGUUUUAUUUGGUAGAUUCAGAAGUACUGGCACAUGAUGUCCCCUACCAUGAUUACUUCUAUACCCUGAAUAGAUACUGUAUCAUCCGAUCUUCAAAACAGAAAUGCAGGCUAAGAGUUUCCACAGAUUUGAAAUACAGAAAACAACCAUGGGGCCUUGUCAGAUCUUUAAUUGAGAAGAAUUCCUGGAGUUCAUUAGAGGACUAUUUCAAACAGCUUGAAUCAGAUUUGUUAGUAGAAGAAUCUAUAUUAAAUCAGUCCAUUGAAGACCCUGGAAAACUUAGCAGCCUACGAAGGAGAAGGCGACCAUUCAACCGAACAACAGAAAUACUUCCUAAACUUUCUUCUCAGCGUUCCUCUGGCAGUGUGGACUUAGAGACCAAAAUGGGUAUUACAGGAAAGAAAAAGGAAUUGGAAAGCUGUAGCAUUGCUCUUAUUGUGGUGAUGAGUAUUUUUGUGCUGUUGCUAGUUUUGUUGAAUGUGUCACUGUUUCUGAAGCUGUCAAAGAUAGAGUAUGCCACUCAGUCCUUUUACCGUCUCCACCUCCAAGAAGAGAAAUCUUUACGUUUAGCCUCUGAUAUGGUGUCAAGAGCAGAAAAUAUUCCAAAACACAAAGAUCAGACCCAUCGUUUAAAAGGAGUGCUCCAAGACUCUAUAGUGAUGCUUGAGCAGCUGAAGAGCUCACUCAUUAUGCUUCAGAAAACCUUUGAUCUACUAAAUAAGAAUAAGACUGGCAUGGCUGUUGAAAGCUCGUGAUCCUAAGGACUGAAACUGUGGAGACACCUGGAACUAAAAAAAACAAUUGGAAGAAAACCAGAGGAUGAAGGAUUUUGUCAUAGGAAUAUUUCCGUUUUCUCAUUAUUAGGAUUUCUAAUGUGAACAUUCUUCAAUAACAUUUAUUUGGUAAUUAGUUUCUGAUGGCCUUAAGAAUCCAUCCUUUCACUUCUUAUACAUAUUUUUAAGCUGUGAAUUUCCCCAGUGAACCAUGAAAUAUAUUGUGGAAUUAAAUUUCUGUGAUACAAAAAGAAAGUGAGACACUCUGAAUUGAGUGGUACAGUCUCAUUUCUACAGUGAAGUUUAAACUUUGAUACUUUAUCUGUUAGCACAAAAUUAGUAUGGGUCCAAUAGGCUGCUUUCACAGUUGAGAUAAGUUCAAGAGGCUAAAGUAGGCAAUAUAAGAAGAAACCUUGGCUGGUCCGAGGGUAGUCAGUUAUCUCACUUGAUUGUUCACAGUCAGUUACAGAUUAAACUCCUGUUCUACUACUUUCCCCCCUUUUCACUACUGCACUUGACUAGUCUUAAAAAAAAAAAAAAAGAGGAAGAAGAAACCUCUACAUCAUUACUAAUUUUAAAGGAUUAGUUUUCGGGCAUUUAUCAUAACAUUUCUAGGUUUGUGUAUGGUAAGUAUUAUAAUGUCUUCAUUAUUUAGCAUGUAAAUUCAAUAGUCAAACUUUUUGAAUCUGCGUGUUUCUGAUUUUUAUCUGAAAGGUUCUUCAGCCAUGUUGUUGUAUCGUUAUGAAAGAAAUAGUUGUUUUUUCUUAAGGUAGCUACCACAUAGCUAUCAGAGGUGAGAUUAUCUUGCCUCUUCAUACAUCAAAUGGCAAAAGAGUCAAUUCAGGAGAAGGAGACAUGUAGGAUACCAACAUUCAAAAUGAAGAACCCUCCUCUGAGUUUUCAAAAGCAGAAGAUUAUGUUAAAAUCUGGGUAUUUAGUGACAGAUCAAGAACAUCCUUGAACUAAGCCUGGCUUCAGUUUAGCAAUCUUUCAGGGUGGAAAUGACCCAUCAGAUGGAAAAUAAUCUGUCUUUCCAAUACCUAUGUAUGGCUUCAUUAUUUAUAUUUGUGUGUGGCUUGUUUUAGUUGGUAAGUUGUAAGUCAGAGACAAACUUUAGCUCUCUUAAUAAAAACUUGUGGGCCAUGUACGUCCCAAUACAAGUGCACUGACUUUAAAGUUGUAAGUCAGACACCAGCUUUGGCUCUUUCAUGAAAAACUUUUAGACAUAUGUCUCAAUACAAGUGGUUCAUGAAAAUAAGAACUUUAUAAACUGACUUGAAAUCAAUUUUUUUUUCAGGAGUUAGGAAAAGUUCACAAAGUGUUUUAUUCUUUUGUCUCCUGAGCUCUUUCCCUGGAACACAUAUAUAAUGUGGUUAUAUUCUUACUGUUUGAACCACUAUUACCUUUAGUUAAAUGUUUCCUUUUUUCCCAGAGUCACCAAAGCUGCCUGGCAUUGUUAAAGUCAUUUUUGAGAUGCAUGUAGAUAAUCAAAGUUAUUGACUCCAUUAGAGCGAAAAUGGGUUUCUCUGGGUGAAUUCCAUCUAGCCUGGGGGUACCUUGUUUUCUUUUGGUAAGGAUUUAUGUAGUAUCUGGUUGUGCACCAGAGUGACUGGAUUAAAAACUUGAAACUUACUCUGUUAAGUUCACAAAAAUGAUCAUUGACAAACUAUUUUUGUGAUGUUUCCUUAACACUUGUACUUUAUAACAUACCUCAAAGAUUACCGAAGUAAGUUGGUUUAUAAAUUAAAACUAAAUAUGUAUGGAUGCAGAAUUCAGUUUAUAAAACUUGAGCCUGUUAUGUAAAUUGAGUAUCAAUAAAACUGAAAAUGUC